CGCCGCGGACCGGUCUCUGGGUCCCUCCAGUCCCCUGCCUCGGUUUCCCUUCCUCCCCAGGUCUGUGUCCCGUGCCUGCAGCUGGAAUGGAGGCUCUCUGGACCCUCUAGAAGGUUGGCACCCCAGACUCCCGAGGUCAGCCAAGCGGUUAAUGCGGAAGGUCAAGAAGUUGCGCCUGGACAAGGAGAACACAGGAAGUUGGAGAAGCUUCUCGCUGAAUUCUGAGGGGGUGGAGAGGAUGGCCACCGGGACGCCAACAGCCGACCGGGACGAUGUGGCACCCAUGGAGGACCCGGCCGCCCGUUUCCAGGUGCCGAAGCACUCAUGGGACGGGCUCCGCAGCAUCAUUCACGGCAGCCGCAAGUACUCGGGCCUCAUAGUCAACAAAGCUCCCCACGACUUCCAGUUUGUGCAGAAGACGGAUGAGUCUGGCCCCCACUCCCCCCGCCUCUACUACCUAGGGAUGCCUUAUGGCAGUCGAGAGAACUCCCUCCUCUACUCCGAGAUUCCCAAGAAGGUCCGGAAGGAGGCUCUGCUGCUCCUGUCUUGGAAGCAGAUGCUGGAUCAUUUCCAGGCCACACCCCAGCAUGGGGUCUACUCCCGGGAGGAGGAGCUGCUGAGGGAGCGGAAGCGCCUGGGGGUCUUCGGCAUCACGUCUUACGACUUCCACAGCGAGAGUGGCCUCUUCCUCUUCCAGGCCAGCAACAGUCUCUUCCACUGCCGCGAUGGGGGCAAGAACGGCUUCAUGGUGUCCCCCAUGAAGCCGCUGGAAAUCAAGACCCAGUGCUCAGGACCCCGGAUGGACCCCAAAAUCUGCCCCGCCGACCCUGCUUUCUUCUCCUUCAUCAACAACAGCGACCUAUGGGUGGCCAACAUUGAGACAGGCGAGGAGCGGCGUCUGACCUUCUGCCACCAAGGUCUAUCCAAUGUCCUGGAGGACCCCAAGUCUGCGGGGGUGGCCACCUUCGUCAUUCAGGAAGAAUUCGACCGCUUCACGGGUUACUGGUGGUGUCCCACAUCCUCUUGGGAAGGUUCUGAAGGCCUCAGGACACUGCGAAUCUUAUACGAGGAAGUCGAUGAGUCAGAGGUAGAAAUCAUUCAUGUUCCUUCUCCAGCGCUGGAAGAGAGGAAGACAGACUCAUACCGAUACCCCAGGACAGGCAGCAAGAAUCCCAAGAUUGCCUUGAAACUCGCUGAAUUCCAGACUGACAGUCAGGGCAAGAUUGUCUCGGCCCAGGAGAAGGAGCUGGUACAGCCCUUUAGCUCACUGUUCCCGAAGGUGGAAUAUAUCGCCAGGGCCGGGUGGACCCGGGACGGCAAGUAUGCCUGGGCCAUGUUCCUGGACCGUCCCCAGCAGUGGCUGCAGCUUGUCCUCCUCCCCCCAGCCCUGUUCAUCCCGACGACCAAGAGCGAUGAGCAGCGGGAGGCCUUCUCCAGGGCUGUCCCCAAGAAUGUCCAGCCAUAUGUGGUUUAUGAGGAGGUCACCAGCGUCUGGAUCAACGUCCAUGACAUCUUUUAUCCCUUCCCCCAGUCGGAGGGAGGGGAAGAGCUCUGCUUUCUCCGUGCCAACGAGUGCAAGACCGGCUUCUGCCACUUGUACAAAGUCACCGUGGUCUUAAAACCCACUGGCUAUGACUGGAGUGAGCCCAUCAGCCCCAGGGAAGAUGAAUUUAAAUGCCCCAUUAAGGAGGAGAUCGCUCUGACCAGCGGUGAAUGGGAGGUUUUGGCCAGGCACGGCUCCAAGAUCUGGGUCAAUGAGGAGACCAAGCUGGUGUACUUCCAAGGCACCAAGGACACGCCGCUGGAGCACCACCUGUACGUGGUCAGUUAUGAGUCAGCAGGCGAGAUUGUGCGCCUCACCACACCUGGCUUCUCCCACAGCUGCUCCAUGAGCCAGAACUUUGACAUGUUCGUCAGCCACUACAGCAGUGUGAGCACACCGCCCUGUGUGCACGUGUACAAACUGAGCGGCCCUGACGACGACCCCCUGCACAAGCAGCCGCGGUUCUGGGCCAGCAUGAUGGAGGCAGCCAGCUGCCCUCCGGAUUACGUGCCUCCGGAGAUCUUCCACUUCCACACGCGGUCGGAUGUGCGCCUCUACGGCAUGAUCUACAAGCCGCAUGCUGUGCAGCCCGGGAAGAAGCACCCCACCGUCCUCUUUGUGUAUGGAGGCCCCCAGGUGCAGCUGGUGAAUAACUCAUUCAAAGGAAUCAAGUAUCUGAGGCUCAAUACGCUGGCGUCCCUGGGCUACGCCGUGGUUGUGAUCGAUGGCCGGGGCUCCUGUCAACGAGGGCUUCGGUUCGAAGGGGCCCUGAAAAACCAAAUGGGCCAGGUGGAGAUCGAGGACCAGGUGGAGGGUUUGCACUACGUGGCGGAGAAGUAUGGCUUCAUCGACUUGAGCCGCGUCGCCAUCCACGGCUGGUCCUAUGGAGGUUUCCUCUCGCUCAUGGGACUGAUCCACAAGCCCCAAGUGUUCAAGGUGGCCAUCGCGGGUGCCCCGGUCACAGUCUGGAUGGCCUAUGACACAGGGUACACAGAGCGCUACAUGGACAUCCCAGAAAACAACCAGCAUGGCUACGAGGCGGGUUCCGUGGCCUUGCACGUGGAGAAGCUGCCCAACGAGCCCAACCGCCUGCUCAUCCUCCACGGCUUCCUGGAUGAAAACGUGCACUUUUUCCACACAAACUUCCUCGUCUCCCAGCUGAUACGAGCAGGAAAACCUUACCAACUCCAGAUCUACCCCAAUGAGAGACACAGUAUUCGCUGCCCCGAGUCUGGCGAGCACUAUGAAGUCACACUGCUGCACUUUCUACAAGAAUACCUCUGAGCCUGCUGCGGGGCCGGCCUCGGCUCGCCUCGCCCGCCCGGAGCCUUCACAUCAGAGCACAAGUGGCUUUGCAGCUGCCACCGCCACCGCCACAGCCAGGGGAGCAGGCGGGAGGGACGAGUGGUCCCGCAGGCUCCAAUCAGGUGCCUCCUCCCAGCCCCGGCUGGACAGCCCUGCCGCCCCCGAGGAGUUGCUGCCUUCGCUGCCCCGAUGCCUUUUGUCAUUUUUUUUUUUUUAAUGCUCCUGGGGGUAUUUUUGCUUGCUGCUUCUUGGAUGCCAGAACAGAGAGAGAUGAUGGCCAGUUUCCAUGAGGCACUGCCUCCAGCCAUCACCUCCUUUCCCUAUCUUGUGGCAGGAGGAGGCCACAACCCCGCCACGCACUGGAGAGGCCCAAGCUUGGGCCACCUAGGCCAGAACAGACUUGGAGGAGUCUGGGCUGGGAAGUGCCAGGCCAUAGCCUGGGGUGCCCUCCAUCCUGCGACUCCCCAAGGCCUCUGGGUCCCCUGCCCUGGCCAGCCACUGUCCCCAGCCCAGAAGCAUGCGAUUGCCUGUCCUCUCCCCCAGUCCCCCACUUCAUGUUUGUGUUUUGUUUUGGGGGGCGUUUUUCAUAAUUAUUUAAAAGAAAGCAAGGGGUGCCUAAAUCUGGACUUGGGGUCCACUGCCGGGCAGUGGGGGCUCAGCCCAGCAGCUGGUGAGCACUGUUCUUCUGAAGCCCAGAGUGGACAGGGGUGCCAGCCCAACAGGAGUGAGUGGCCAGGCCUGCUGGGGGGGACACCUGCCACCUUGCCCCGAGCUUUCAGGCAGGCACUGAAACGCACCAAGCAAGCUUCUGCUCUCUGCUGGUCAGCGGCUGCUGUCUCCUCCCCAGCCCAGCUGGCCGGCCACAUGUGUCUGCCUGGCCUGGGCAGCCCUGGGGCCCAGGAUCAGGAGGUGGAACCAUCCCCACCUCAGGUUUCUACUUCCCCUUCUUCCCUCUACCACAAGAGUUCUGCCUGGGGGUAGGCAAAAAAAAAGUAAAAAGAAAAGAAAAAAAAAAAAAAACAGAAACCACCUCUACAUAUUAUGGAAAGAAAAUAUUUUUGUCGAUUCUUAUUCUUUUAUAAUUAUGCGUGUAAGAAGCAGACUCAUUAAACGAUUCCAGAUGGAAACGUC